CACAGUGUCGGAUGGAAAAGUGAAAACUUAGGAUUUUGUUUUACAAAUCUUAAACAUCUCAAGCGUCACCAUGGCCUCUAUUGGGGACUUCGACCCGCUCCAUUCGACUGUACCCGCAACUAAGAUUGAAGUUACAGUCUCGUGCAGGAAUCUAUUGGACAUGGACACUUUUUCUAAAUCAGAUCCUGUUGUCGUGUUGUACAUACAAGGCAUAGGAACAAAGGAAUGGAGAGAGUAUGGCAGAACAGAGGUGAUUGACAACACGCUGAACCCAGACUUUGUGCGGAAAUUUGUUCUGGAUUUCUUCUUUGAGGAGAAGCAGAAUCUUCGAUUUGAUGUGUACAAUGUGGACACAAGAAGUUCAAACAUCUCAAAACAUAAAGAUUUCCUGGGCCAGACAUUUUGCACACUUGGAGAGAUUAUUGGCUCCACAGGCAGUCGUAUGGAGAGAACACUAUCUGGGAUUCCAGGGAAGAAGUGCGGCACCAUCAUCUUAACCGCUGAGGAACUCAGCAACUGCAGGGAUAUUGCUACUAUGCAGCUGUGUGCCAAUAAACUGGACAAGAAGGACUUCUUUGGCAAGUCUGAUCCUUUUUUGGUGUUCUACCGCAGCAACGAGGAUGGAACGUUCACUAUCUGUCAUAAGACAGAGGUGAUCAAGAACACGCUGAACCCAGUGUGGCAACCCUUCACCAUCCCUGUGCGUGCGCUGUGUAACGGUGACUAUGACAGAACUGUUAAGGUAGAUGUGUAUGACUGGGAUCGAGAUGGCAGUCAUGACUUUAUUGGCGAGUUCACCACGAGCUACAGAGAGCUGUCCCGAGGUCAGAGCCAGUUUAAUGUGUAUGAGGUUUUAAAUCCAAAAAAGAAAGGAAAGAAGAAAAAAUAUGUAAAUUCCGGCACAGUGACAUUGCUUUCCUUUAAAGUUGAAUCUGAAUACACGUUUGUAGACUUCAUCAGAGGAGGGACACAGCUCAACUUCACUGUGGCCAUAGAUUUCACAGCAUCAAAUGGUAACCCAGCUCAGCCAACCUCCCUGCACUACAUGAGUCCAUAUCAGAUGAACACCUACGCUAUGGCAUUGAAGGCAGUUGGAGAGAUUAUUCAGGACUAUGACAGUGACAAGCUCUUCCCAGCAUAUGGAUUUGGAGCCAAACUGCCUCCUGAUGGCAAAAUCUCCCAUGCCUUUCCUCUGAAUGGUAACAAUGAGGACCCAAACUGUGUGGGGAUCGAGGAAGUGCUGGAGGCUUACUUCCAAAGUCUCAGAAAAGUCCAGCUUUAUGGACCAACCAACUUUGCUCCAGUCAUUAACCAGGUAGCAAGGGCAGCGCAGGAUGUGACUGAUGGCUCCCAGUAUUUUGUGCUGUUGAUGAUCACAGAUGGAGUCAUUUCAGAUAUGGUGCAGACCAAAGAAGCUGUUGUCAAUGCUUCAGCUUUACCCAUGUCCAUCAUCAUUGUGGGUGUUGGUCCGGCUGAGUUUGAUGCUAUGGAGGAGUUGGAUGGUGAUGAGGUCAGAGUGUCAUCCAGAGGACGCUUCGCGGAAAGAGACAUUGUUCAGUUUGUUCCAUUCCGUGAUUACAUUGACCGCUCUGGAAACCAGAUCCUGAGUAUGGCUCGGCUGGCUAAAGAUGUUCUAGCAGAGAUCCCUGACCAGCUGUUGUCCUUCAUGAAGAGCAGAGGGAUUGAGCCACGUCCUGCUCCCCCUGCCGCCAGCAUGCCCAAAAAAAACCCUGUCAACAUGCGCAUCUGA